AUGUCAACCUAUCUGCCUGAAGAAAUUGUGCUGAAUAUUCUCACCCUCCUGCCCCCAAAAACCCUACUCCGAUUCAGGUGCGUUUGCCGAACCUGGCGUACUCUCAUCGGAAAUCCUGAUUUCUUUACACAAAACACCCUCAACCAAUCCAUUCUCCGACUCUCCGAUCGUCCUUCUCCUCUCCUUCUCACCGAAGCCAAUGAAGGAUCAAACGAUUCUUUCAAAAGGCAUUUUUACUUCCUCUCUGACCAGACCCUGGAGUGCCAAUCUCAAAUUAUUCUCAAGGGAAGCCUUUUUUUUGAAGUUACGCUUGUGGCGUCCUGUAAUGGUUUACUCUGUCUUUGCGACUACACUCUCAACAAAAUCUAUCUGUGGAACCCCGCCACGUCAGACACUCCCAGGUCUAUCCCGCGCCAGCGUCACCCGCCCAACCCUUUCCUGCAGGUUGGUAUGUUGCUGGGCACCGUCGGAUUCGGUUUCGACCGGAGAUCCAACGACUUCAAGGUGCUGAAGAUUAGUCAUGUUAGUAGCUAUGACUCCGCCCCUUGUCACUUCAAUCAACCAGUUCACUUCCAACCGGAAGUAUAUGACUACAUCCCUUGUCACUUCAAUCACCCAUUUCACUUCCAACCGGAAGUAUAUAGCAGCCCUUGUCACUUCAAUCACCCAGUUUACUUCCAACCAGAAGUAUAUAGCCUGAGCACCGGGACGUGGAGACUGCUUGACCUACGAGUGCCGUUUGAGCAAACUCACGAGUUAUUUCUAAACUUUCCGAUUCUAAACUUUCCGACCACUGCGGCGGAUGAGAUUUUUUUCUGGUGGGAGGUGGUGGAUCGACACUCUCAUAAUCUUAUAAAUGAGAAAAUUGUUGCUUUCGACUUCAAUCACGAGUUGUUCCGAACAACGCCGCUCCCGGACGGCGCACAUUCCACAUAUUACUCCUGCUACCAUUUUACGGUGCUAAAUGGGUUCCUCACCAUUAUGGGUUUGGGUUUCCCGUUUGAGGAGAUGAGAAGCAGAAGCAGUGGAUUGGUGAUAUGGGUUUUGUUUGAAUUUGGUGUGAAGGAGUCGUGGACUAAACUCAUGAAUCUUCAACUCUUCAUAGAAAAUCCGGGAAGGCCAUUGGGUUUGUGGAAAAACAGAGAGUUGAUUAUACAGAAUGCGAAGGGGCAGCUGAUUUUGUACAAUCUUUUUACUCACACAAAGAAGGAAGUUGCUUCAACUCAUCGGAACACCCUACCAUUACCGGAUUUUCCCUUGCAAGGUUUUCCCUACACGUGUUCGAACUCGGUGAGGCGGGGAAGGAUUGAGUUGGAGUGUAAUAUUUGA